AUGGAAACCUUUGUCAUAACACCAACUGGAAAAAAAAUUAUAUUCCAAGUCAAACCCAUUAAUGCAAUCAAAGAUCUCAAAUCAAAAAUUCCAGCUGCAGAAGCUAUUCCGUCUGAUCAACAACAAUUGACGUUUGCUGGAAAAGAACUUGAAGAUGGUCGAACCUUAUCAGAUUACAAUAUUCUACCAGAGACUGCAUUGUACCUCAUGAUUCAAUUUGAUAAAGCCUUCUCAAUCUUUGUCAAAAUACAGACUGACAAAACUAUUACAUUAGAAGUGGCAUCGACUGAUACAAUCAGGAACAUAAAAGCGAAGAUUAAAGACGCAGAAGGGAUUCCAGAUGAGCAACAGCAAUUGGUUUUCGCUGGCAAAGAAAUUGAAGAUAGUCGAACUUUAGAAGACUACAAUAUUGGAAAGGAAAGCACAUUGAGUCUCAUUGUUCGAAUUCAUGGACUAAUGGAAAUUUAUGUCAAAAAACGGACCGGAAAACUAUUGCGUUGGUAG